UGUCCCUUUGGUAGUGACCGAUUUUCACGCCGGGCAAGAUGGCGGCUGUACUGCCGAGGUGUAGGAGCCGCUCGGCAUGAAGUAAUUUUUUAACAAAUUGAUUAAAAUCAAACAAAUAUUUGAACACCGGACUACAGGGCGCGUGUACCACUUACCACUCAUCGAGAUAUAAUUUUAUCUGUUGUGAUAAGGAUUUUUCUGACAAAAUGAUAAUUGUAGUAGCUCGCUAAACUAGCUAACGUUAGCAAACGCCGGAGAAAGUGUAGAAUGGGAGAAAAGCUAGAACUCAAGCUGAAGUCGCCAGUUGGAGCAGAAGCUGCUGGCUACUCGUGGCCAUUACCAGUAUACGAUAAACACCAUGAUGCUGCUCAUGAAAUCAUUGAGACCAUUCGUUGGGUGUGUGAGGAGAUCCCAGACCUUAAGCUGGCCAUGGAGAACUAUGUCCUCAUCGACUACGACACCAAGAGUUUUGAGAGUAUGCAAAGACUUUGUGACAAAUACAACAGAGCCAUCGACAGCAUCCACCAGCUGUGGAAAGGCACCACCCCGCCCCUGAAGCUGAACAAGCGACCGUCCAACGGGCUGCUCAGGCAUAUCCUGCAGCAGGUGUACAACCACUCGGUCACGGACCCAGAGAAGCUCAACAACUAUGAGCCAUUCUCCCCCGAGGUGUACGGUGAGACUUCCUUUGACCUGGUGGCCCAGAUCAUCAACGAGAUGGAAAUGAUGGAGGACGACACCUUCGUAGACCUCGGCAGCGGAGUGGGACAAGUGGUGCUGCAGGUUGCUGCAGCAACAAACUGUAAACACUACUUUGGUGUGGAGAAGGCAGACAUUCCAGCCACUUAUGCGGAGUCCAUGGACAAAGAAUUUAAGAGGUGGAUGAAGUGGUAUGGGAAGAAACAUGGGGACUACUCGCUGGAGAGGGGUGAUUUCCUCUCUGAGGUGUGGAAGGAAAGGAUAGCCAACACAAGUAGUGUUAUUUUUGUGAACAACUUUGCUUUUGGUCCAGAGGUUGAUCACCAGCUGAAGGAGCGCUUUGCUAACAUGAAGGAAGGUGGGAAAAUUGUAUCCUCAAAACCUUUUGCACCUCUAAAUUUUAGAAUCAACAGUCGAAACUUGAGUGACAUUGGCACAAUAAUGAGAGUCGUGGAGUUGUCUCCGUUGAGGGGUUCAGUGUCCUGGACGGGAAAGCCAGUUUCCUACUACCUUCAUACGAUAGACCGCACCAUUCUUGAAAACUAUUUUCAUAGUCUCAAAAAUCCUAAACUCAGGGAGGAGCAAGAAGCAGCUAGGCGUCGUCAAGAAAAGAAUAGUAAAAGCAACAGCGCCACGCCAACCAAGGCAAAGGAGCACAAGGAUUCCUGUGAGGAGGUUGAGCGACCAGGCCUGUUGGCAGUCGUGAAGGCGCCACCCAAACCGCGGCGCGCCAAACUCCUCAACAAGGGCCGCAAGCUGAGUGCUCGGAAGCGCGGGCGUCCCAAGAAGGCUGCUGUGGCCGCAGCUGAGCGAAAGAGCAAGAGCAGCCAGAGUGCCCUGGAUCUGCUGCAUGCCAAGACCCUCUCAGCAGCACCCCCUCAGGAUGCAUACAGGUCACCUCAAAGUCCCUUCUACCAGCUACCUCCCAAAGUUCAGCACUAUGCGUCUGGCCAACUUCUGCUGGGCCCCAGUCCUCCUGGCCUACAACAGCUUCUAGACAACAUUAAAGUCCAGUACCUCCAGUUCAUGGCCUACAUGAAGACACCUCAGUACCGCAACAACCUGCAGCAAGUCCUGGAGCAGGAAAAGCUCAAACACAGAGGGCUUUCUGGGCAGGCGGAGCAUCUGCAGACUGCGUGUCAGACCCACAAAGAGAAAAUCAAAGGGCUCUUCCACCACAAACUGGAUGAGCUGGGAGUGAAGGCCCUCACCAUGGAGGACCUAUUGGAGGCCCAGAAGGAGAUCUCGGCCCACAACCGUCAACUGAAGGAGCAGACCAAGCAUCUGGAGAGGGACAUGGCCGAGCUGAGGGAUCACAGCCUGCUCCUGUUGAAGUCUCGGUGUGAGGAGCUGAAGCUGGACUGGAGCUCUCUGUGUCUUGAGAGCCUGCUGAAGGAGAAGCAGGCCCUGCGUAGACAGAUCUCAGAGAAACAGCGCCACUGCCUCGAGCUGCAGAUCAGCAUCGUGGAACUGGAGAAGAGUCAGAGGCAACAGGAGCUGCUCCAGCUCAAGUCCUACAGUCCCUGUGAGGGCUCCCUCUACCACAAGGGCCUCCCCGGCCUGGAGGCCCUCCCUCGUCCUCCCCUGGACCACCACACCCCCAAACUCAGCCUGGCUGCGGCCGGCUUCAACAGUCUUAGCCCCGAGCUGUCCAUCAACAGCAUCGCCUCGCCCUGCUUCCACAGGGAUGGUGGGGGGAUCAAGGGAGAGCUGCUCUCCCGCUACCUGCCCAUCUCGCCCGACCACGAGAUUGUACCCCCCACCCCGGAUGCCCGGCACAGGCAGCUGGGUCACCCCCUCCCCGACUACACCCGCUACUCCCCAGCUAAGAUCGCCCUGCGCAGACACCUGAACCAGGACUCUAGUAUGGCACACUUCAGAGGCCUGGGCUUCACUGGUCUCAGGGAUAUGGUUGCUGUCACCUCUCCAUUAGGAGCUAAACUGAGCUGCCUCUCUCCCAACUCAUCAGACAGUCCGCAGAACAACACACCCAGGAGUGCUGAGAGGGGGGGCCAGGGUGACACCAUCACCAGCCUGCCCAUCAGUAUCCCCCUCAGCACGGUGCACCCCAGCAAGCUCCCUGUUAGCAUCCCCCUGGCCAGUGUGGUGCUGCCCAGCCGAGCUGAGAGACUGAGGAGCACACCGAGUCCUUUGUCCCAGACGGGCCAGACCAACGGGUACUCCUCUAGCUCAGGGCUGAUGAACGGAGGCUCUCACUCUGAGGACCAGGACAGUGCUGCCCUCUCCCCUCCCCCUCACGGUGCCCCUCUAACGGGACCAACACAAGGCCACAGCCCCCCUCUCAGCACCGGGGGGGUCCUCCAGUACGCUGACGGCCCCCCCAGAAUCCUCCCUGAGGACUGGGCCGAGCGGCACGGCGAGUCUGACUCUGAGCCCCAGGACAGCGAGUCCAGACGCCGCGUGUUCUUCUCUUCGUCCUCCUCGUCCUCCUCUUCAUCCUCUUCAGGGGGUGCAGCGACUCGCCUACACCUCGGCUCGGCCAGGCAGGGCAAGCAUCACCACGGCAACCACAACACCAAUAACCACCACCACUCGCCGUGCUCCCAGCACACACACUCCCACGGCCAUGGAUCACAAGAGGGGAGCAAGCGUGGGAGGAGAAAGCGCAGCUCCACGGGGGCUCAACUUGCCAGCGGCUCCCCAAAGAGGAGGUCCUUUCCUGCGCUCAGCUCCACCAGCCAACCCUCAGGAUCCCCACUCAACAUGAACUCCAUGGUGAACAACAUAAACCAGCCUCUGGAGAUCGCUGCCAUUUCUUCCCCGGAGCAGUCUGGAUGUAGCCCCUGUGGGCCAGACAUGGACCAGCCCCCCGUACUGAAGAGAGAACGCCCUCUGGAGAUCAACGGCUCAGGACACUACUCCUCUGCACCCAGCUCCGACGACGACUCUGGCUACCCUGCUGACAGCUCCAGCUCAAGAAUUGAAAGGAAGAUUGCCACUAUUUCCUUGGAGAGCAGAGAUGGAGCAGGCAGACCAGGGAACAGCGAGCGGGGAAGGAAAUCGGGAGGCAGCAGCGGGAACAGCACCGGCAGUGAAGUCUCCUCUUCAUCCUCAUCUUCCAACAGCAAGUGGAAGUCUACCUUCUCCCCCAUCUCAGACACCAAGCAGCCCCCAGGCGAGCUGAGGCAGGAGGGCUCCCCCUUCGGUAUGGGGAGAGAGCCACCGGGCUUAGGCACCGACUCAGACUCUGAUCACAAACCGCAGCAGAGGAGGGGGGGUGAGUCCUCAGCAUCUCCGUACAUUCCCCCUAGCCCCUUCCUCAGCCAGGAGGCUGGUGGCCGGCCGGGGGCAGGCCCCCAGGGAGGAAGCUGCUCUGAGAGGCAGGCUAUGCCCAAACAGAAGCCCAGGGGGGAGUGGGAGCUGAAGACAUCCAGCAGCCUAGGAAACAGCCAAAACCUCUUCAUCUCUGCGGCGGCCAGCGGGGGUAUCCUGAGCGGGAAGGUGGGGGGAAGCCCAGUAGCUGUGUCCUCAGCCUCAGGGGCUUCUGUGGGACAGUACCUGGGGGCCCAGUUUCCCCUCGGGGGGGCCUCUGUCCUUCAGUCCCUAUUUGGGGCCCAGACGCCCAGCACCUCGGUGAGCGGGGCGUCUCGUCUGGUCAACGGACACUCUUCCCUGGGGAGCUUCUCCAGCGCUGGGCUGGCAGGUGGAGCAGCUGGAGGUAACUGAAGAAUAUCUACCUCAACCCAACGUAACCUAUGCAAAUGGCCAGGUGUAGACCAAGGUACUCUUUCACUGGUGCUCCUAAGCCUGUUAAAUUGCCACUGAUUUGGGACUCUACACACACACACACACACACACACACACACAUAUAUAUAUCACACACACUCACGUUGACACACACAGCAUGGCAUCCUGAGUGGAGUUGAGCGGUCACGGGGGUUUUUGUGUCGUGGGUUGAGGCUGACCGUAAUCCGUGAGUUGUGUACCUACCAUCCUGAAUGAAUUGGUAUGCUGCCUGCUAUAAACAUUAACGUUAUAGAGACACAGGACAUGCACUGUUUCCAUGGCAGUAAGUUGUACAGGUACAUCACUGUCACCAUGUAACCUGGUGCUACUAAGUAUGAAAUAUAGAUAACUAUAUUGAGCUUUAAGACUCAAUUCAGACAUUUGAUGACAGAAGAAAGCACAGUUAGCAGUGUAGUUGUACAUGUUAUAUUACUAAAGACAGACUGUAAAUGGCGGGAGACUCCUGUGGUACCAUCAUCCCAGUAUCAUCUUUGUUCUGUUAUCUGACCACCAGGGUGCUUUCUUAGCCCCCCCCCUCACACACACACAAAGAAUGCGUUUACACAGGCAGACCUAUUCUGAUAUUUUUUCCAGUAAUUGGUUGUUUGAACCUAUCAGCUCUGAAAAAGAUCUGAUGUGAUUGGCCAAUUAGUGUUAAAAAAAAAUAUAUAUAUAUAAUUUGUCUGCCUGUGUAAACGCAUCUAUAUAUACACAGUCUAGACCAGUUUAACCCAACUCUGUACAGGACUAGGGACCAUGCAGCUGUGACUCUGCAUCUCUAUCGCUCUGCUAGCUAACCUUUAACCCUGAUAACUUCUUCAGUGAAUUUAAUAUGAUUUGACCACAUUAGCUUUUGGCUACAGUAUGAAACGAGAAGCUGUUUGUUCAAACACACUGGAUCACCUAUCUGUGUACCCUCACUGUGGAAACAUCCCUGGUGCAGGGACAGCACUAUAGUCGGCUCAGAGUAAAAAAGUUGUUGGUGUGAUCAUUUAUGUGAAUAACGACAGUUUCUGGAAAUGUAAUAGUAAGCCUCUAGGGUGUUCUCAUUCAUUUGAAUGCUGUGUCAAAAUGUAUGGAAGUGAACAGCAGAAAGACUUGAGGAUGUAAUGGGGAAACAGGAUUCAAUUACUGAGACAGUCAGUUGAUAAUCACUACUUAUAGAGCCAGCUAGGGAGUAGGGACCUGCAACGCAAUGUGCAUUCUUCACAAGUAGGAAUCUCAACUACUCUAACUUAAGCUUCUUGGUUUUGUUUUUAUAGCCCUGCUGAAACACUGAUACGAUGAAAAAUGCAGGUGUAAUUUUGGGACUUUUAAUAUUGUCCGUGUUGUAUUCAGGCAAGUCUCUGGAACCCUAUCUCACGGAGUUCACAGGGGACGGGUAUUUUUUUUAAUUUUUUUUUUAUACGUGUCAACCUUUUGUCCACUGAAGGCUAUAGUGGUACUUUCUGCAGCCUGUCCAACCUGCACACACUGGUGUACGAACAUCCUCACUCACACACUGGUGUACGAACAUCCUCACUCACACACUGGUGUACGAACAUCCUCA